AUGAACCUGGACCUGGACCUGCACACCAUCAACAUCGCCCCGUCCACCUCCUCCGUCUCCGCCGUCCCCAAUGAAAAAGACAUCUCGGCGCCCGGCACUUACACUCUCGACGCCGCCCCCGGCACCGAUAUCUACGCAUCGCCCCUCCCGCCUGUGCGGUAUGUCUUCUCGGCCCCGAUCGUCUCGCGCCGUAUCCUUAAGGCGGCCUUCCGCUCUGCCAAAGUUGGCGUGCGGGCCCGAUGGUCGCUGCAAUUCGACCAGGGCGGGCUGGUUUUCAUCGUGCCUGACCCGGCCACGAAUAUAGUCUCGACGUUGAAUGCCAAUGCCAAUGCCAGCACAUGCACCAACACCGGCACCGCGCAGACUCAAGAUCUAGAUCCAUAUUCGUCCCCGGCUUCCAGCUGGGUCAAGGCUGGAAUCGAGGUCAAUGAUGGCAAGCCGUAUGUGAGCGUCGUGACCAAGUCGCGCGACGGCUGGUGCGAUUGGAGUCUUGUGCCGAUGCCGAUAUCGGUGUCGAGUACCGCCGGCGGGAUGUCGUCGUCGUCGUCUUCUUCUUCUCAAAUCACUCUCCGCAUGACCCGAUCGAAGAACGCAUUGAUGAUCUGGAUGAUCAAUGACAACGACGAGGCCACCCUGAUUCGUAAAGUGCCAUGGGUCUUCCUCGACCUCGAACUCGACAAUCACAAUCAUCAUCACCGCCAGCAUGAGUCGACGUCGACACAUGAAGCUGAAGCCGAAGCCGAAGUUAUGGUAGGCAUCUAUGCCGCAAGGCCGGAUCCUGACAAUGAAGCGACGGGGAAUCUGGCCGUGUCGUUCCAAGGGUUCAGUGUUGAUGUUGAUGUUGAUGGUUGUCAUUUAUAA